CACAUGCGUCCAGCAAACGGAAGCAGAUAAAAAUAAGCUCAGACACGUUCUUCCGUCCCUCGCAAAUAAUUCGAUCAUGUUCAGUGCGUUCAAAAUUUUUGAAAUUGAAUUUUUAGCGCGUAGUUGAACGGUCACGUGAUUGCUACAAUGACAUUUGCGUCACCAAUUUCGAAUAAAAUAAAAAUCCCGAGUAAUGUGUGGUUAUGUUUCGUGUUAAUUGAAGUUUUUGUGUCAAAUUUUCCCGAUUUGGACUCCAGUAACCAAAGUUUAAAACAGCGCAAGAAUGCUACCGACAAAGGGCUACUUCCAAGACAUUGAAUGUCCAUAUUUUGAUAGUACUUGCAAUAGGCCUUAUUGUCAUUUUCGGCACAGAAAAAAGACCCAGGAGACAAUCGAGGAAGUCGCAAAUGAAACCCCAAAAGAAGUGGAAGUUCCUACGUAUAAACCCACUCCAAAGAGCGAGUUGGCCAAUAUAAAAAGCCACAUUCCAAUCAGUUACGUGCCAGACUUGGCUUUCAGGUCUGAUCGGACAAUCAGGCCUUUACCAAAGUUUACGUUUGAAAAACCGACUUAUAAACCGACUCCUCUGAGCAUAUUAUCGUCGGCUAGUAAACGUGAAAAUGUUUUGGAAGACGACGAACGAGAAACGAGUGAUAUUGAGGCCAUUAGGGAAGUUAAGCAAAACAUUGCCAAUGACGAGUACAACCCCGAAAUUUCUCUACAAGAUGACAUCAAUUUUGAAGAUUUAUCUGCCGAGUUUGACAUGAUAGAUGACCUUAUCGAAGAACCGAAAAAUAAAGAAUCGAAGGAAAAUAAUGUGGGCAAAGAAGAAACGCAUCAGGAAAACGAUAAAGACAAAGAAAAACCCGCAAGUGAUAAGACAGAAAAAAAACAUAGUAGUAGCAGCAGUAAAUCUCAUAAGUCUAAAUAUCACAAAAAGGAUACCAAAGACAAGAGUAAGGAUAAACACGUUAAGGAGAAAGAUGUUAAGUCCGACAAAAGUAGAGAGAAAGAUAGACGCUCGGACCACAAAAGCAAACAUAAAAGUAGCCGAGAAAAAGAGAAAAGUAAAAGUAAACAUAAGGACAAGAGACGAAGUAGGAGCAGGAGCAGAGAACGUCACAAAGAAAAGGAAAAACGAGCAAAGGAAAAACAAAAAGAAGCUGAAGACAAUAAGAAACGUCGCAAAUCAUCAGAGUCAUCCGGUGAGGACUCCAGUGAAUUACUGUACUCAAACAAUUUCGAUGAAAUCCCCGCCCUUGAUUUUGACGAUGACGAAGAGGACACUUUAUCCGAGUGUUACAAAAUAUUCAAAGAAUACGAACCGCCCAAGGUGGAGGUAAAGGAGCCGCCUCCAGCAGAGCCCGAAGUAAUUAAAGAAGAAACGAACGCAAGUAAGAAACGAAUCGCCCACAGUUCAGCCAACCCAAGCGAAGGCGGCUCGAAAAUCAAUUACGUGAAGCCAAAAAUUCAAGCUAAUCCCGCACAAGCGAUGGCUAAUCGAUUCAAAUUAGCCAAAUUAGCUCAAGCGAACAACGAACAGAAGAACCUAAUGAACGAAGUGAAGCAAACGGUCAAACGCCCGGCCCCUAGCUUACUUGAAGCAGCUCGCAACUACAAACUCCAGCGGUUGGCGAAACCGAAACCGAGCGAAAACGCCAACGUAAUCGACAGUAUCCUCAACAGUGCGAAAAACAAACCGAAGAAAAUCGCCCCGGUCCAAAACGUAAACUCGAUACAGCGGGCCAAAGCCCGAAUUGAAGAACUGGCGAAGCAGAAAGCCACCGAAACACUCAACAAAACGCCAGCACAGACGGUGAAAGGCAAACGGAUUGCACACGUGCCUGAUAUCUCUCUAUCGGACAUUCCUGAUGUCUUGAACGCUGACAAAUCGAAACUGCCCAUAAACGUGCGAACCCGAUUUUUAACAAUGAUCGCCGACGAAUGCGUCAAACUCUACCUAAUCAAAGAAGACGCCUACACGAGAGCCCUCAACGAGGAAUUCGUCUGUUACGAAAAGUGCAAAGUCCUGGCAACGUACAAAAAUUCGGCGAUGUUGGCUGUGAAUCGGCUCCGGAAGGAGCUGCAAGAGCGGGACAGGCUCGGGUUGGGGCCCAUCGGCGAGGGCGAAGCCCCGGCCAACGACACAGCGUCGAACUACAAAGGGGCGAAGUUCUACAACCAUAUCAAGGGCUACGCCCUCACGAACGAAGAGCUGGACAUUCAUGGGUACCCCCGCGAGAGUGCAACCCCCGGCCGUGCCACCAUCAAAAACCGCAAAACCACCGCAUGGUCGAGCCUCCGCGAGAAUCAAAGGAAGUGUUCAAGGUGCGGCAAGAUAUACCUAGUGGACGAGGACGGCUUUGUACAGUACCCAGAAGAGUGCAUCUACCACCCCCUCAAAAAGCGGACUUUGCGGGGCGAACAGACGUACCUUUGUUGCAAAAGCAACGACGACGUUGGCUGUGCUACUUCAAAUACUCACGUGUCCGAAGCCUGCGGAGACGCCGAGCUUGAGGGCUUCCAGACGACGAUGGAGCCCGAAUCCGAGGAGGACCCCAGGAGUCAGGCUGUUUACGCUCUGGACUGCGAGAUGUGUUACACGAUUAAGGGUUUGGAACUAACGCGAGUGACUAUCGUGGAUUCGGAGUGCAAAACCGUGUACGAGACUCUAGUGAAGCCUUUGAAUCCGAUCAUUGACUAUAACACGACCUUCUCCGGAAUCACCAAAGAGCAAAUGGAACGCACCAGUACUAGUAUUUUGCAAGUGCAAGCCAACAUUUUGCAUCUGUGUAACUCCAAAACUAUACUCAUUGGACACAGUUUGGAGUCGGAUAUGAAAGCGUUGAAGAUUAUACACGGGACUGUUAUCGAUACUUCGGUUUUGUUUCCGCAUAAAAUGGGGCUGCCGCAUAAAAGGGCGCUGAAGGCUUUGGCUAGUGAUUUUCUUAAAAAAAUUAUACAGAAUAGUGUUAGUGGACACGAUAGUGCCGAAGAUGCCAUCACUUGCAUGGAACUCGUCAAGUGGAAGCUUAGGGAAGAGCUGAAAGUGCGUGGAAUUAAGUGAUGACGGAUGAUUUUAACGUUGUUAAUUCAUGUUGAAUAUAAUAUAUGGUAUUUAUAUUUUUGUUAAUGUGUAAAGUGUGGGAUAUGUUGAUUUUGUCCAAUAUUUAAGAAUUGUGUAGAUCGAGUAUUUGUAAUUUAAGUAUUUAUGUUGAUAGAUUUUUGAUAACAAAUUUAUACAAUAUGUAAAUAUUGGCCAGUGACUGAUAUUAUAUUUUGAUUACUAAGAAUAAAUUAUUACAAGCA